AUGUCAGGUCAUACUCCUGCAUCUUUUGAUUGUAUAGAUGCACUUGUCGUAGGCGCAGGAUUUGCUGGUCUUUACCUGCUCUAUCGCCUUCGUGCCCUCGGACUUUCUGUGAAGAUUUUCGAAGCUGCCUCUGGUAUCGGUGGCACCUGGCAUAUAAACCGAUAUCCAGGAGUUCGCACUGAUUGUGAGGCAGUGAUAUAUCAGUACGAUUUGGAAGAGGUGUGGAAGGAUUGGACAUGGAAGGACAAGUACCCCUCGGGGGAGGAAAUUCAGGCAUACUUCCGUUAUGUCGACCAUAAACUCGAUCUCAAACGCGACAUCUACUUUAAUACGCGAGUUACAGGCGCAAAAUGGGAUGAGCCUUCACAUCUCUGGAACGUUUCGACUGCAAGUGGACUCUUCGUUCGCGCGCGAUUUCUCAUUCUGUGCACGGGAAGUCUAAGUAAACCCCUCAUUCCGAAUAUCAAAGAUCUCUCAACCUUUGAAGGACGUUGUUUUCAUUCCUCUCAUUGGCCUCAGGAGGGCCUUGAUUUGACGGGAAAACACGUCGCCGUUAUCGGCACUGGUUCCAGUGGGAUUCAAGUCAUUGAGAACAUUGCUUCCCAAGUCCGCCACCUCACAGUUUUUCAACGCACUCCCAAUUUGGCUUUACCAAUAAACCAAAGCCGAUUCGAUGAGAAGGAGCAAGUCAAAAUGAAAGAAAUGGAUCUCUAUAAUCAUAUCUUCCGUCGACUACCUCAGACUUUUGCUGGUUUUUUGUAUGAGUUUCAACCUAUCCCUUUCACUUCCGCCACAACGGAAGCGCAAAGGUUACUUUGGGAAAGCCAAUGGAAAGCUGGUGGAUUCCACUUUUGGCUAGGAAACUAUCCAGAUAUCUUCUCUGACGAAACAGUGAACCGGGAAGCUUACGCUUUCUGGAGAUCGAAGGUUAGAGCGCGUAUUCGGAAUCCCGCUUUGCACGAAAAACUGGCGCCUAUCAUUCCUCCCCAUCCUUUUGGGAUAAAGCAACCUGGCCUGGAACAAGGCUACUUUGAAGUCUUUGACCGAGAAAAUGUGUCGCUCGUCGACGUGAAGGAGACUCCUAUAGAGCAAGUCACGCCAAACGGACUUGCAGUUCGAGGCGGUACCAUCCACACGUUUGACAUUCUCGUCCUUGCCACAGGGUUCGAUAGCUUUACUAGUGCUAUCAUUGAUAUCAAUAUACGUGGCUGCAACGACGUCUCUAUCGGGAAAAAAUGGAAAAAUGGGGUCUUCACUAAUAUUGGGAUGACGACCUCGGAUUUUCCGAAUCUAUUCUUUGUUUAUGGGCCCCAAGCCCCGUCUGUGCUAGCCAAUUCUACUAGUGUCAUUCCUCGACAAAGCGAUUGGAUCACCGAUUGCCUCAAGUUCUUGCAAGACAACGAUUACACUCGUAUUGAAACCAAGCGAGAUGCAGAAGAAGCUUGGCGCUAUCUCAUCCUCGAAAUCGCAUCGAAAAGACUAUGGCAUAAAUGUGAAAGUUCUUGGUACACUGGAAGCAACCUCGCGUCUACUAAUACGAGACCCGUUGAAAUGUUGGCCUUCUCUGGAGGAUUACCCUUGUAUCUUGAGAAGUGCGCAGAGGCCGCAGAUAACGGGUAUCAGGGAUUUGAGCUAUCGUAG